AUGCCACCAAAACGCCAAAAAGCCCCUGAGCCAGCUUCAACACCCGAGCCAAAGAGGCGUGUCACGCGCUUAUCUGCCAAAACAGAUACAACAGAGGCGAGAAACUCACCAGACUCACCAAGCGAACCGCCUAAGGAGGAGCCAACGGCGUCGAAAGAACGCCGCGCGCCCAAACCCAAGAAGGGUUCACCAAAGGAUGCGGAACCAGAGGCAGACGCGCAGCCCGAUGAAGAUAGUGACUUAGCACCCCAGAAUCGCAGGAGCCUCUUUAUGGAAAACGAACUCGUCAAGAAACCGUUCAAAUGCCACCUCUACCUCCCCGAACCAAUACCCAAAACACCAAUGCUAAUCUUCACCCACGGCGCAGGCGGCACGCUCUCCGCCGAGGCCGUAGUAAACUUCUGCACCGGCUACUCCUCGUCUCAGCCCGUACUCACGUUCCAAGGCUCCGUGAACCUCAAGGCGCGGACUAAGAGCUUCCACGCAUGUAUCUACGACUACGACUAUGGCCAGUGGAUUUUGCGUGCUGGGAGACCAGCGGACACCGUUGUGGAGAAGAAGUUGUUGCUAGGCGGACGAAGCAUGGGUGCGCGCGCCGCUGUCAUCGCUGCCAGUGAACAUCUCGCCUCGCUAGACGACAAGGAAAGAGCAGAACUGAGCAUACAGCUCAUACUCGUUUCUUACCCACUCCUCGGGCCCAAAGAUGAACUGCGCGAUCAGAUUCUCCUCGAUCUCCCAAAGAACGUCCGCAUACUCUUCAUCAGUGGCGACGAAGACGCCAUGUGUCCAAUCGAUACGCUGAACGAAACGAGGGAUAAGCUGACGGCGAAAUCGCAGCUUGUCGUUGUGACUGAUGCGAACCAUGGCAUGAAUGUCGUACCGGCUAGCAGGACGCAAAGAGUAGGAGAAGAGACAGGACGAUGGGCAGCACGAUGGGUGCAAGGGGAACCCAUGGACGAUGAGGUGUUCAUCGAUGAGCUGGAGGGCGAAGAACCUUGGAAGUAG